AAUAUUAAUCGAUAAUUUUGUUUCAGAGUGUGUGUUUGGAAAAGAAAUUCGCGAGUUAGGCUCCAAAUGGAUACCAGAUCUAGGACAACCAAUAGGAAUACUGUAUUGUAUGAGAUGCGAAUGUGUCCCGUUCCAGAAAAAGCGGAGGAUAGUGGGCAGGGUCCAGUGUUACAGCAUAAAAGAGAAAUGUCCUGUCCCGACCUGUGACGAGCCAGUAUUGAUGCCCGGCCGUUGUUGCAAGACCUGUCCAGGGGAUGUCGGUCCCGAUACCGUUCAAGACAUCAUCCCACAGAAUGUAAUGGAGGAAGAUGAAAAAACCAGCAAACAUUACGCGGCAUUAUUAACUGGCCGAUCUUCUCUGGUCUUAAAGAACGAAUUCACCAAGCCACUGAGCGACCUGAACAAGAGCAACGUGGUGGCGACCGGAAGGUUCACCUUCCAUAAAAAGAAUCUGUUUUAUUCAUUCUUCAUAUCGGAAAAAGCGGCCCGACCCCAUUCGCUGCAAUUUGUCGACGCUCAGGGCAACAUCUUGGAGGAAUUCACUUUGUCCACCUCGGGCGGAUUCGUCAACAGCGUCUAUCAGAAUGCCUCGCGCAAGGUUUGCGGCGUAUGGAGACGAAUGGCCAAAGACUACAGGAAAUUGUUGAAGCAGGAAAAAAUGUACGCAGUGCUAGUGUGGGGGGUUAAAGACCAAUCCGAGUUCACACUUAGCGGCCAACUGAUGAAAUACAGCGCCCUUGGAACGGAGUUAAUGAGUUCUCUGCUGGAACCUGCUCCAGGAUCCGAUUCGGCAUCUAUGAUGGGAACCGGAGGCACUGCGAUAGUUUCCACUUCGACAUCCGUAACGCCAUCCAUCAACGUAGUAAUCAUUUUUAACGGAAUCUUUACACCGACGGAAAAAGAAGACAUUCCAGUUAACGUCACUUUAUCUAUCGACGAAAAGAAACAAAUUGUUGUGGAAGAAACAGUGCGUGUAGCCAAACCCGCCUCUGACAUCAACGUAAUAAGCAUAAGUGCUAUUGUUACGCAAGCCCAAUUAAGGUACUUGACCAGAGGACAUAUGCUUCUUAGUAUAUCAUCUGUAUCCAAAAAGGAAGAUCUAAAAUUAAGCGGAAAUGUUAUCACCAAAGCUACGUGCGAAUUGUUCCAAUCAGUUCUAUCAUCAGCCUCGCCAAACGCUAACCCGGAGGGCGUUUCGGGAAUGGCGUGGUUCUACAUUAACAAUGCUGGAUCUCUGAUUUAUAAUAUACAAAUUGAUAAAUUACCACCUAAAGAAAACCCACCGAUCGUCACUCUAAUUGACGUUAGUACCAAACGAAAAGCAGAAGUUGAAGACCUCACCUCCUAUUUUCAAGGAGAUGGCUGGGCUAAUGGCACCAUAGAUAAACUCAGUCCCAAAGUUCUAGACCCGCUCUAUAAAGGAGACUUAUUCAUUAACGUAGCUAUGCGAGGCGAUAAUAACAUUAUCAGAGGAAAGUUAGUGCCUAAGCCUGUAGCAGAUGCCAGAGACUCUCCGGCUCCUAUCUUGUUAAAAAGAGAAAACAGCAGUCUCUCAGCUUCGGUUGGUGGUCUGGUGUGGCUAAGUGUGGACAACGACUGUCAUUUGCAUUACGACGUGUCGCUUUCUGGGUUGGGUGGUGACAGGAAACUGGAGUUGGGUCUGGAAAUGUAUCCUAUGAUUGCACCCGGGGCUCCAUUUAUUAGCAGACAGUUAGACCAAUUUCAAGGAAAUUCAUUGGAAGGUAGUACAGUGGAGAUUUUAGCCAGAGAAGAGGUAAAUAGGCUGGAUAAUGGUGUUAGCUUGCUGAAAAUCAAAGAUCAAAACACUGGUGGGGUCUUACUCAUGGCUACAGUAACAAAGGUUCCUAUUCCACCGGCUUGCAAACCAAUAAUUCAACAAAACAGUCUAAUUCCACUAUUCUACGACAGUUCGGAUGUCAUUACAACAGUAAAAUGCUACUUCGAAGAAAAAUUCUACGACCCGGAAACAUCAUGGGUUUCAAAAAAUCCUUGCCAAAUGUGUUUCUGUCAAAACGGCAAAACCACUUGCGAUAUGAUGACUUGUCCGGAAACAUCCUGCACCGAAGGGAAAAUGGUACAAGUGGACGGCGAGUGUUGUCCAGUUUGUAUGAACAAUACUAUCUCCAGCAGAGACACGAACGGUCAAAAAUGUAUUUUGAAUGGAAAAUCCUACUUACCCGGCACCAAGUUUCAUCCGUUUUUCAUACCAUUUGGGUUUGACUUGUGUACGGAAUGUUAUUGCGAUCCCAUGGAUUUGGAAAUCAGAUGCCGCAGACUCAACGAAAACGAAAAGAAAUGUUGCAAAAACUGCAAGAAAGGAUUCGACAUCAACGAUCCCCUAUCAGACGACAUCGAUGCGCCUAGUGUUCCUGUCAAAAACCAGGGAAGCGAAUACGCGAAGAAGAAGGAUUUCGCGGCCAAAAUUUUAGCGGAAGGUGGAUGCAAAAAUUCGUUCAAUCCAAAGAAGCCGUUUGCCAAUGGAAGUGAAUACCAUCCGUUCAUAGAUUCAUUGGGAGAGUACAAGUGUGUUACUUGUAAAUGUGAGAAAGGUACCCAAACAUGUAAACGGCAACUUUGCGAUAUGACCACGUGCAGAAAAAUGCUCGACAUCAAAAAGAGGCGAGAAAAAAUUAAUCAGUCAGAUUUCUGCUGCACGCUGAAACAAUGCAGGAAAAUGAGGCACAAAAAGAAGCAAAACGCGACGAGUUAAAAUUCAAUGGAUGGCUUGACUUACGAAAGUUAUUUCAUAUGGAAACUACGGGCUGCCGCCCAGUUACCUAUUUACCAAAGAAGACUGAGACAGUUGUAAAAUGUACGAAAAGCUGUCAUAAUUUAUUUUUAUUCUAGUUUUACAUUAUAUUGCGUAACUACUUCUAUAUUUUCGAAGACGAUGUUGCAGUCGAGAAGCUGGGUCAUUUAAAAUUUAAAUUUUUUUUUGUAUUGAAAAUGUCUGAGAAGACAACAAAAAUAGUAAACUAGUUAUCAUUGACUCACACACACGUUGAUUUAAUUAUAAUCACAAACAAUUAAAACAUAUUGUGCUUUCUCGGUUGCUGCUUGUUUGACAUAUUGUAAAUUAUUCCAUAGUAUAGAUAGAGUUUCUACUGGCUAGGUACUCACAGUGAGAUUAUCAGUUAACAGCAAAACAGGCGCAUUAAAUUAUAGUAACGGAUAGGGAAUGCAAUCCCGCAAAUGCUAGAUCCCGCAAAUGCGGGAUCCCUCUGUAAUUCCGUGGAAUCAACGUUGCAGGAUUUACCGUGCGGGAUCGACACCAGGGGAUUCCCCUUACGGCUUGGCCAUUAAAAAUAAGUGAAACAAACAGGUUAAUUGUUAGAUUUCUUUCUGGCGUGCCUAAGUGAAGAAAAGCGU